AAUUAAAUGACCGUGGUGUGUUUGUUCCGCUAUCCCGCAUCUAUGUGGGGUAACCCGGGUUAAACCUAGCAGCUAUACGGUCCCUGUAGGGCUAACUCCAGCUAAGCUAGCGGGAGCUAAAAGGUUUUUAGCCGCUUCGUCGAGCUAAGUUGUAAAAAGCCGAGGUGAAGUUUGGCUUCAAAGUUUGUCAAACAUGAGUCUGGAGAGGUGUUUAAGCUUUAGCAGAGCUACUCUGAGGUCUGUGUGUUUUACCAAGCAACACCUGCAAAGAUGUGUUCAUAUCUGUGUCAGACGAUCAUCAACCAUGUCCCAGGCCGCCCUUCCGAUUCUCUCCGUCUUCCCCUCUCGAGCUCUGGUGGACGAGAAGUUCAAGGUGCUCGUGGAGAAUCUACCUCCAGGAUGUCCAGUAACAAUCCACUCCCUCCACCACUCCGAGGACCAGGACUACUGGGAGGCCUACGGGCACUACAUUAGCGAUGACAGAGGAAAAGUAUCUGUUUCAGAUGAUUUGAGUUUUGGGGGCACAUACACAGGAAAAGAGCCCAUGGGUUUGUUGUGGAGCAUGCGUCCUGUCCUAGGCAGUCGCAAAGGCCUCAGGUUAAGAAAGAUGAACGUCUGCACGCCGAUGCUGAUGGACAUCUCGGUCUACAGCAGACACGACGGCUUCAGGGACCAGGCUCCUCUGGCCUCGGUGCUCAUAGAGAGAUGGUACAUGGCUCCAGGGGUCCGGAGGAUCGAUAUCAGAGAGAGAGGAGUACGGGGGACCCUGUUUAUACCUCCAGGUCCAGGACCCUUCCCUGGGCUGUUGGACAUGUGGGGGGGCGGUGGAGGGCUGCUGGAGUACCGUUCGGCCUUGCUGGCGUCCCACGGUUAUGUUUCUCUGGCGUUGGAAUAUUUCUCCCCCGGUCAGCUGCAAACAGCAGACCUAGAGUUCAACUAUUUUGAGACAGCAUUUAAUAUCGUCAAGGACCAUCCUCAAGUGAUGCCACACAGAGUUGGAAUAUUUGGCCUCUCCCUUGGCUCGAUUGUGACCAUGGCGUUGGCAGUUGAGAGUAGGAUUGUCAGACCUCGUUGUUGUGUUUGUAUCAGUGGCAACCACUGUUUCCCACCUGGGAGGACCCUCGCUGGAAUCACCGGGGAAGUUGACAUGAAUUAUGACAAAGUGCGUGUGGAUGAGAACAACUAUCAUAUAUGGCGAGAUGUGGGUCUAGCAAUUAUGAAGGAGCCUUCGAGUAAACUGGACAUGGGGAAAAUCAACUGUCCAAUUUUGCUGGUCAACGGUCAUGAUGAUCAGAAUUGGCCUACGGUGGAGUCGGCUGAGGAUAUCGCUGAGAUGAUGCGUGCGGCAGGUAAGGAGCACCUACUGACCAGACUGGAGUAUCCUGAUACUGGACACCUGAUUGAGCCGCCCUUCUCACCGCACUUCAGAGCGACUAAUUUUAUAGUAAACCUCACAAAAGAAAAAGUGAUAAUGCUGUGGGGAGGGCAAACCAAACCCCAUUCUGACGCUCAGGAGGAUUCCUGGAGGAGGAUUUUAACUUUUCUGCAGCAGCAUCUGUACUGCAGUCCAAGUCCCAAAGCAAGGCUGUGAAUGAUUGAAUGAGCACAGACUGCUGCUGGAAAACACAGUGUUGUGUGACAAGGUCAUGAUUUUCCACCCUGACACUACAUGUGGUAUUGGUAUUCACUUCAGACAAUAAGACGAAAAAUAUGUGGAGCAAUGUAUCUGCUCUCGCCUUGAGUCAGUACUUUCUCAUGUUUUCUAAACAUCAGAAUGUAUUUUCUCACAAAUACAGACAGAUUUGUUUUAUUGUUAAAUUAUUAUUGUUAAAUCAUCAUUACUAUUAGUAUUAUGACUAUCAUUAAAGAUUCACUUGGACAAUAUGAGGAAAAUUAUUGAGCAAUGUAGAUAGCAAAGUUAGUUUAUAUGUGGCUAAUAUAGCUAGCCAACAAUUCGUAGCUUAGAUUUCAAAAGUCAACUCUUAGACAAGAAUGGAUUCAUAAACAAUUGAUUAGAACUUUUUGUUGCAUGGAAUUUAAAAUAUUUCAAUACAAUAAGCUUUAGUUUUCCAUAGAUAUCAUGACUCUUACACAGUUUGAUGCUAUGUUGACCUUAUGAGUUAGCAACAUUGACCAGUAAAUUGUUCUAAUCUAUUUGGACUGUUGCCAAAAUGUAGGUAUUAUAUAUAAAUUCAGGUGUUAUUGAGGAUAAGUAUUGAUAAGACUAUUUGAGAGUUGAUAAGAUGUAUUUUUCUAUUGUCAGUAUGUACACUAGAUGGACGCUGCUAACUUAGAUUAAUUACGCUCUGAAUUAAUAUCUGAUCAAGGACCAGUCUCGCUGUUAUGUAACCAAAGGAAAAUACUUACAUAACAUUGUAUGUUCAUCAGUAUCACUAUCAGAUAGUUUGUGAUUUAAAUAAAAUUUUUAAAAAAGUA